UCGAGUCAACACGAUUCCGAGGACUGUUGUAAGUUUGUAAUUUUCAAAUUCAGUAACGUAAGUAUUAGUGUUUUUCUAUCAUGGUACGUUACGUAGUCCAAGAAGCUGUAUCACCGCUUCAAGUCUACAGUAGACUUCGUCUAAUCACUCGUGAAUUCCUUCUGUCGCAGGUUCCUGAAGCAAUGCAAGCCCCCCGCAAGGUCGGAGGCAGGAUGGACCCCCAGGCUGACAUGAAGGGUGCCGCCCCCAAGCCCUCCGUGUGUCGUCGGCUGUUCCCCGAGGAUGAACCCGACGGCAUGAUGGACAACAUGUUCAACAAGAUCACUGAGGAGAUCAACCGCAAACUGGACGAAGCCUGCAAUAAGUACAACUUUGACUUCCGCUCCGAAGUGCCGCUGGAGGGAGACUGGAAGUGGAAGCGUCUGUCACCUGAGGGUGAGGACGACGCCACGGAGUGGGUGGAGCCCCCCGCCACAGAGGUGGAGGUACCCGAGGGGUCGACAGUGACGUCACAGCCCCCAACAGCCUCUUCAGACACCCAGGCACCCUCUACAGUUCCUCAAUGAUCCAAUAGUUUAAGACGUGCAAUACUAGGCUGUUAUAUAUUUCAAAUGUUUAUGUGUGUUUCGACAAAUAAAGACUGUUUACUUAGAGUUUAAAAAGUAUUUAUAGCGAGUGAAAGUAUUUAAUUUAUUAUACUAAAUAGAUUAGAUUUGUACUAGAUGAUUUUAUUAAUUUAUUAAUUUUGUAUUGUUAUUGAUUGGUUGUGACUGGAGCUAGAUGUGAUCAGAGAUUUUUCUUUUUUAACUGUUUUCUUUGUUCGUACUCUAUCUAUGUGUUUUGUAAUAAAUUACAAUUUAGUAAUUUGUUUGUAGCAGAGGCAUUUAUUUUUUUGCGAUAAUUUACAGCAUAUCGGAAUUUUUCUAAACGAAAUCUGAUAGUUUUACAUAAUCUUAUACAACUUUGUGUAGUUGAGUUCUAGGCGGAAUAGGAUUUUGAUGAGAUGACGAUCUGCUAUGUGAUCUAACUAGAUUUAGCGAGCAAAAUUAUCAUAAUUAUUCCAUGUUUUUGUAACAAUAUUGAUUCGGAUUUCAAUGUUGAGGUGUCACAAUGUAGCGAAUUACCACGUAAUUCGACAAGAUGAAAAUACUAAUCACUGUUCUAAUAGAUAUUCGUAUUGGCUUAAUAAAACAAUAUACAGUACUAUAUCGUCUGACGUCUAACGAAGACGUCCUUGAAAUGUGAUAUAAAAUAUUAAGCACUGUAGAAAUAUACAGCACGGAAUCAAACAUGUGAUGGUAAUAAGAGUUUGCUUAUAGAAAGUGUAAAAGUUAUAACGAAAAGCUCACGGAUAGAAAGAACAACACAGUAGGAUAGAGCCAAAGCCAAAGCGGUAUAGUUUGGUUUGUAAAUGGAAUGUAGAAGAUAUAUGUAUAGUGUACAUAAUGUAAUAAUCUUACAAUGGUGACUUAGGUUACCCCUUCUAAAACAGCUAACAAUCCAAAGUCAAGAGUUUCAAAUUUGUAUUUAUUCUCGGUGUAGAUACAAAUUAAAUGUUUAAUUGCACAUAAUGUACCGAGCUAGCUUCAUGUACGUGGUUUAUGUGUGAAUGUAACAUAUUAAAUGUCUUUAAUUGUC